GUGCUGGCCGCCGCGAGCCACUUCUUCAACCUCAUGUUCACAUCGAGUAUGAUGGAGGCCACCAGUCACGAGGUGGAGCUUGGUGGAGCAGAACCGGAGAUCAUCGAGCUGCUGGUGGAGUUCGUCUACACGGCUCGAAUCUCAGUGAACAGUAAUAAUGUUCAGUCUCUGCUGAACGCCGCUAACCAGUACCAGAUUGAACCGGUCAAGAAAAUGUGUGUGGAUUUUCUGAAGGACCAGGUGGACCCCACCAACUGUCUGGGUGAGACACCAGCAUCUUCUGUUUCUCGUUUUUAUAUU